AUUAUUUUUUUGUUGCAAGUUUUACUUCUGAAACAAUGAUGCAACCAGUGAUUUUUUAUUAUGUUAUUUUAUGGUGAUAAGUGAUCCGUGAAGACGGGGUUUCGUUUUAAGUGAUUGUUUACGUGUUGGUACCGUCACCCCUAUUGCUGUUUAGCAUAGAUUGUGGAAUUCAUGUGAUUGCAGUGUUUUUGGUUGGUCGCCGGUGAACAUGCAGGUACGACACACUGACAGUAGGUCGUCACGUUGUAAAAUAAUCAGGAAAUAUCUGGCUAGCUACCAUUUAGUUUAUUUUUUAGCUAUUUUGUUUUUUUUUUAUUAUCUGGUUUAAUUAAGUGGUCUGAGCAUUUGUCUUAAAAGCCGAAAACUAAACUGAUCCACCAAUCACACGCCGGAUAAAGUUGAUAUAACCCACCAUGAGUGACAUUCGCCAUUCCCUGCUGAGACGGGAUGCCCUGAGCGCUGCCAAGGAGGUGCUCUACCACCUUGAUAUCUACUUCAGCAGCCAGCUGCAGAGCACGGCGCUGCCCAUCGUGGACAAGGCCACCAUCGAGCUGGUGGAGGACUUCAUCUUCCACGUCCCCAAGGACCGUGGAGUCCAGCUCAAAAGGAUGAGCUCCCUGCAGGAGCUGCAGCUGCUGGAGAUCAUGUGCAGCUACUUCCAGGAGCAGAGCAAAGACGCCGUGCGCCAGCUCAUCUUCUCGGCCCUGUUCAGCCCCCAGGGCAACAAGGCGGACGACAGCCGCAUGGCCAUGCUGGGCAAACUGGUUUCCAUGGCGGUGGCCGUGUGUCGUGUGCCCAUCCUGGAGUGUGCCGCAUCCUGGCUGCAGAGGACCCAUGCGCUCUACUGCGUGCGGCUGGCUAAGGUCCUGGUGGACGAUUACUGCAGCCUGGUACCUGGAUCCCUGCAGACCCUGCAGCACAUCUACACAGCCAGCCCGCGAUUCUGCUGCCAGUUCAUCACGGCCGUCACGGCGCUCUACGACUUCUCCUCAGAGGAUUUGAUCCCUUCCCCUGGCCUGCUGGAGAUGGUGGUCACCUGGGUCGUGGAUGAUCCCAGGCUCACGCUCAUCACGUUCCUCAACAUGCCCAUUUCGGCCAGCCUGCCGCUGGGCUCGCUGGGGGUGACGCCCCUGUUGGGCCUGGUGCGCUGGUGCGUCAAGGCCCCACUGGCCAAGCGGGCCAAGGAGUCGGCGCCGACUGCCGACACAGAGUCCUUCUACUCCAAGCUGCACCUGGGUGUCCUGCAGAUCCUCCUGAUGCUCCAGGUGCACCUGACCGAGAAGAACCUGUUCGGGCGGCUCGAGCUGCUGCAGUUCGAACACGUGGUGCAGCUGGUGGAGGAGCUGAACCCCCUCAACGCCUCCAGAGAAAUCGAGCUCUCCCUCAACCGGCUGGCUCAGGUGCUGCAGGUCUCCUUGUCGGCUGGGGCCCUGCUGUGCACGAGAGAGGACCUCAGGUCUCUGUGUUCCAGGUUACCGCACAACAACCUGCUUCAGCUGGUCAUGUCCGGUCCAGUCCAGCAGCCGCCUCACUCUCCUUUUCAGCCCGGGUUUUACCCCCACAUCCACACGCCGCCGCUGGGAUACCCUCCUCGUCCCUCCCCCCCUGCCCACAACACGCACCCAUCUCACCCAGCGCCACAGUUCCUUCCCGGGAUGUCCUUCCCCUACCGCCCCAUCCGUUGACCACGUCCCCACACCUAUUUGUAAAGAUCAGCUGCAUGUAUGUAUGUAUGUAUGUAUGUAUAUUGACUCACAUUGCCAUUGUACUAAAUAUGGAGGUUUUGUAACAAAAUCAUAUGUUGGGUCUUGCAGCAUAAGCUGAUAAGCUGUGAAAGAUGAAUAAAUGUAUGGAUGUAGAAACGUUAUGUUUUAAAUAUUUAAUGUUUCAUUUGUUUUAUCAUAUUGUAAAAAAAUAUGACACUGGGAACAUGACUGACUUGUUGAAGUAAAAUGGUCAAAUUAGUGAAUGCAUCAAAUGUUUGAUGUCUGACACAGGUAUUGUUUCAAGAUUUCAUUCUGAACAGAGAAUUUUAUACAUUUGCCAAGUCAGAGGAAUGGCUUGAUAUCUAACCUAUUUUUGUUGGUAUGACUGUAAGCCCAGAAAUAGUAAUAUGUUGUUGUUCAACCAAAGAAACUCCUGUAUAUGUUUGGCUAAAGUGCAGGGAAUCCUACGAUUCCUACUUUAAACAUUUUUAAAAUAUAAUUUGUUAUCAGAAAACUAUUUUUAUUUGGAUGUUUAUUUUUAUGGAUGAUAUUGGUAGAACUGAAGUACUUUGGCACACAAAUUUGAGGAAAUGACUGUAUACACAAGUACAUUAUCGACAAAAUAAUUUCUUGGGCACUUGUAAUAAAGAUUUAGUUUCAAUUUCAUUA